AAUAUGUCUAGGGAAAAAACAGCAGCGGGAGGGAGCAGAGGGAGAGCUCUAAACAUGACGGUUCAACUUUUAGACUUUCUAGUGGAAGUCGUUUACAUGACGAUGUGCUUUCAUGACCUAUUAAAGAACAGGCUGUUCUAGAGGCGCAAAACGUGACUGGGCAAAAAAACAUGGACCGCCUUCAAUGUUCAACAACAGUAAUCAGUUUCACGUGUUCAUAUGCACAUUCAUGUUAGGUUAAUUACGCGUGGUCGAGAUUAGAUUCUGACGUGGAACGUCUCUUUAGACGGGUUAAUCUAGGACUCCCGCCCGUUCUUUUGCAUUGAUCAGCACAUUCAACCACUCGUCCUCUGAACCGAACCUUUCCUAUCUUAUCCGCCAAGUUCACUUUGGACGUUCGCAAGGAACCUGCACUUCAACCAUGCUCCAAGAAGAUUCAAGCGAGGGAAGACCGAGACACCAUGCAAACUUUUGCCUAUGAAGCCACCACUUCCUGGUUCCGCCAAAGAGAGAAGAAACUAUCCUACUGAGGCUUUCUGUUGGAUAUGGACGACGUGGAAGACUCCAGUGACCAAGAGCUGAGCACCACGGUGACGCACAAGGAAUCAGAUGCCCCACAAAACAAGAUGAGACAAUUCUGCAUUAACGGCAGAGAGGAGCCGUGCAGCCCUAGCCCCCCCUCAGCAUGCAGAGUCCAGGCCUCGAGGGACGGAUGGAGAGAUGGAGGAGAGGAGAAGUAUGGCACUGAAGAGAACCUAUUGGAUACCGGUUCUCCAGCAGAGGGCACACUGGAGGAACCCUGUAGUCCCUUAUCUGAUUACUGGGUCUAUCUCAAUGAAAAACACAAUUCAUUUGAUUCCACCUUCACUAGCAACCAUGACUUUGUUACCACCAAGAGCCCCAUGAACUACACAGAGGGCGUGACCUCUUUCUCCGGUCCAGAGACGGACCAGGCCAGUGUCAGCCACUCCUCUGAGUGUGGGGACGUCAGUGGUGCUGAUCUGGUAGUGGUCACCGCUGCUGCUCAUCUACACCUUAUGGGGGACUCUCUGGCCUUGAUUGGCCAUGAGCUUCAGGAGACCGAUAAGGCGGUGUGUGCCAGCAGCAGCAUGUCUCUGCUCAUGGACUCCAUGCUGUGUGCCCUGGUGCCCCUAGUCUCCCUCACCGCCCUCAUGCCCGAGUUCAGUGGCGUCCCGCAACACACGCUGGUUGAUGCUAUGGAAAACAUAGCCUAUAUGAUGCCGGGCCUUUGAGGGACAGGCAGGCUAACGGGCUAAGACUAUCACUUCACUUCACUGUCACAUGUCCCACAUGUAACUGCUAAAAAAGAAAACGUGUGUGUGUGUGUGUGUGUGUGUGUGUGUGUGUGUGUGUGUGUGUGUGUGUGUGUGUGUGUGUGUGUGUGUGUGUGUGUGUGUGUGUGUGUGUGUGUGUGUGUGUGUGUGUGUGUGUGUCUUCUUGUGGUUCUGCGCAACCAACCUAUAGUUCUGAUCUGGACCCAGAGCAGGAUCUGUUCCCUGGUCGAACAGCAGGUAUCAUUUGAAAUAGUUGUGUUCAAAUGACCGACCUGCCAUUAGGUAAGAGUUGUUCAACCCCACCCCAUCCCCACAGGUGUGGAUGGGACACACAUCUCACGGCCAACAGGUUCUCCACCCUUUUAAGGAAUGUUUUACAGCCUGAUGACUAAAGUGAAAAAUAAAAUCGCAUCAUUCUGUGGGUGUGUUGAAAAGUGAUUAAACUAAAUGGGAGUGGCUUAACAGGUUUAAGCCUGAGUCUGCAAGGUUACACCAGGAAAAACAAUUCACAUAGGUGUCAAGUUGGUUAGAGAGUCGGGUAUAUCUCAAGAGACGGGUCUAGUAAAGAGUUUUGGGAAUGAAAGAGAUAACCAUACUGCAUUAAAGCUCAACUGCUCUCAACAUACAAGAAGACAAAGGAUCAACCGAGAGAGACCCCUACAACCAUGGGUACGUGUCUUUUCAUAUGUUAGUAUGUUUUAUCCUAGUUGACACAGUCUGUAAACUGUUUUUUCAGUUGUGAUCUAUGUUUUAUACUAUAACUUACUAAGAAUAUGUUUUAUCACAGUGUUCACAGUGUUGUCAUUUCGACCUAUGUAGUAGGACACGCAUGAAAACAUGGAGGAUAUAUUCUGAUGUGUUCUCAUUUAAUUUCAUUUUUCUCAGGCUGUGCGGUUUACUAUUGUAUUUAUUGGUUUAACCCAGUUUUACGUUGUAGCAGAAACAUGUGUUCUCUGCCCUGUUAUGUUUGUAUUCAAUAUUCUGCGAAGCUGCAGGUCUGUUUGGGCUUGUUCUUUUCUCUGUGUUCUCUUAUUGGCGUAUCAUUCCUGCUGGCAUAGCAAUGCUUAUCAAACUAAACGUCCUGGUCAAAGUAAAGAAUGCAGCCGGACAGGAUUGGCAAGGUGUGGCAUACGCGCAAACAAAUUCACCCAGACAAUACAGUGGAGAAAAAACGGUGAAAAGCCUGUUUAUUUGAUGACGGAUUCAGUGUGACGUUAUUGUCUAAUCAAUGAAUACCUUUUUUGUUCUUUGUGACUCAAGCAGAAACCAAAGUUUGUAGCCUAAGAUGACAUUCUAUCGGUCCAUGAAUGUGUACGAUAUGUUCAUCACAGUACUGAACACAUACCCGGGCUAGAUUACUUGAAGAAAGAUAAUUUAAAGAAAGGGCCUUUAUUUAGCUGGAUCCAAUUUAUAGAUAAUCUCUGUCCAAUCUUAAUUAAGUAAGAAGAGCAGAAGAAGUGCGUGUGUCAAACAAGCCUGAGGCCCAAGUUAAAUUUCUGAGCAAACAAAUAUUGCAUAUUAAAUAUUUGAAUGAUGUAAAUAGAGUCUGCAACAAGUCCUAGUAGCAAACUCAUUUUUUUUACUCUUCUCCUCAUGAUCUAUUAUAACGUUUAAAGGUAAAACACUUGCGUUAUAAAAUUAAAGUGCUUCAUUUUGAGAGGCAUGUAACGUACCAAUCUUAAUUUGUAAAUGAUGAACCAUCUCUAAAUAACCAUUACUACAUCAUUGCAAUAGGAUGCACCUAGCAGGGAGGAGACAGGCCUUGAACACACAGUCUGACUAAGAAGCUGAUCUGCUGCUUUGCACUCACACAAAGCUCUCACUUUCACUACGCUACCAGGUCUCAUUUAAACAAUCCACUUCCCCCCAC